ACCUCUCGUUUCAGACCUAGCUCCUGCAGCUGACGCCAUGAGUGACUCCGAGGACGACGGGCCGCCGCAGCUUUCCUCGCAUGCCUUGGCGGCUCUGCAGGAGUUUUAUGCUGAGCAGAGGCUGCGAACUGAGCCAGGCGCAGAUGAGAAGUAUAACAUUGGAAUAAUAGAAGAGAAUUGGCAGCUGAGCCAGUUCUGGUACUGUCAGGAAACCGCUCUGCGACUGGCGCAGGAGGCGAUGAGAGCUGCCGGAGACGGGGGCAGGAUAGCCUGCGUGAGCGCUCCCAGCGUCUUCCAGAAGCUGCGCGAGCUGCAGGGAGAAGGCGCUUCAGCUUGCAUCUUCGAGUAUGACAAGAGGUUUGCCAUUUACGGGGACCAGUUCGUCUUCUAUGAUUACAACAAGCCCUUGGAUCUGCCGGACAGCAUCACCGCACACAGCUUCGACAUCGUGGUGGCCGACCCUCCCUACCUCUCUGAGGAGUGUCUCCAGAAAACGUCGGAAACCAUCAGGUUCCUGACCCGGGCCAAGGUGCUGCUGUGCACGGGGGCUGUCAUGGAAGAGGAGGCCGCACGGCUCCUGGGCGUGAGGAUGUGCAAGUUCAUCCCGCAGCACACACGCAACUUGGCCAACGAGUUUCGCUGCUACGUGAAUUACGACUCUGGGCUGGACUGACUCGGGGCCCCGAAGGCACAGACCUCACAAUAAAGGACCCGGGCGACA